GAGGUUUAUGGAUACAUAUCUGAAAAGAAUUCCUAGUGAAGCGUUCUCCAGACUACCUAACAUCUCCAGGAUAGACAUUCGAAAUGCUAAAAAUCUGAGAUACAUAGAUAAUCAAGCCUUUAUGAACCUCCCAAUGCUGAAAUAUCUUGUGAUCUUGAAUACUGGACUUGGCAUUUUUCCUGAUCUCACCAAAAUUAAUUCAGUAAAUAUGAACUUUUUGCUGAGGUACCUGCAUAAGAACAAAUAUCUAAAAGUUAUUGAUGAAGAUGCAUUUUUGGGUGUUCAAAGUGGUCCAAGCCUACUUGACGUGUCCCAGACAUGUAUCACUUCACUGCCAGAAAGAGGAUUAGAAAACUUGAAAGAACUGAUGGCUCAAAAUACCUGGACUCUAAAGAAAUUCCCCCCAGUAAAAACUUUUCCUUAUCUAACUUAUGCUGCUCUGUCAUACCCAAGUCACUGUUGUGCUUUUAAGAAUUGGAAGAAAGCUAAGGGAAUCUUAGAGUUCUUGCUGUGUAAUCAAACUAACAAUCUCAGCAUUCGCAAGAGAAGAUCUUCCAGUACAUUCAGGGCGCCUUUCUAUCAGGAUUAUGCAGAAGAUUAUUCAGAUCACACGGAUGCUGUUCAUGAUGAGAAUUCCAAAUUUAGAGACCUUCAUGGAAAUUCCCGUUAUUAUGUCUUCUUUGAAGAACAUAACAAUAGAGAAGAUGGAUUUGGUCAAGAGCUCAAGAACCCCCAAGAGAAUAUUGUGACUUUCGAUAAUCAUUAUGAUUAUGUUAUCUGUACAGGUAAUGAUGAUAUUAGUUGCAGCCCAAGGCCUGAUGAGUUCAACCCCUGUGAAGAUGUAAUGGGGUACAGAUUUUUAAGGAUAGUGGUAUGGUUUGUAAACUUGCUGGCCAUUGUGGGCAAUAUUUUUGUUCUCUUUAUCUUACUCACUAGCCAUUACAAGUUGACUGUUCCACGGUUCUUGAUGUGUAACUUGGCCUUUGCUGAUCUUUGUAUGGGAUUGUAUCUUCUCUUGAUUGCUUCAGUGGAUCUUUAUACUAGAUCAGAGUAUUAUAACUAUGCCAUUGAUUGGCAAACUGGGCCUGGUUGUAACACAGCUGGCUUUUUUACUGUCUUUGCUAGUGAGUUAUCAAUCUUUACUUUGACUACAAUCACCCUUGAACGGUGGUAUGCUAUUACGUUUGCCAUGCGCUUAGAUAAAAAAAUUCGCCUUUGGCAUGCUUUUUUUAUUAUGUUGGGUGGUUGGCUGAUAUGUUUCCUUCUUGCCCUUUUACCUUUGAUUGGAGUCAGUAGUUAUGGAAAAGUUAGCAUCUGCCUUCCCAUGAACACUGAAACACCUGUAGAUCAAGCUUACAUUAUCAUUAUUUUGCUGUUGAACAUUGUUGCUUUCAUCAUCAUAUGUGCUUGCUAUAUUAAAAUUUAUAUUACAGUAAGGAAUCCCCAAUUCAAGUCAGGGAACAAAGACACAAUCAUUGCAAAAAGGAUGGCUGUGCUAAUUUUUACUGACUUUUUAUGUAUGGCACCGAUCUCAUUCUAUGCCUUAUCUGCUGUUAUAAACAGACCCUUAAUAACAGUCAGCAACUCAAAAAUUCUGCUGGUCUUGUUGUAUCCACUCAAUUCUUGUGCUAACCCAUUCCUUUAUGCUAUCUUUACCAAAGCAUUCCGAAGAGAUAUCUUCAUCUUGCUUAGCAAAUUUGGGUUGUGUGAACAUCAGGCACAACUCUACAGGGGCCAAACAGUCUCGGCCAAGAACAGCAGUGGUUCUGGUCAUAAGGGCAACCGUGGAGUUGCCCAUAACCUUUCUAGCCAUCCUCAUGAUGUACUUGGAGGCUACCACUCUGCAAUGAUGCUACAUAUUCAAGAAUCCAUGGAAAAUAGUAAGCUGACAAUAUUGUAGCACAUCACUACUUAAAAUAAUAUUGGAAUAUUGGAAAUCCUUGUUGUAUUACAAAGAGCAUAGUUUCUUUUGAUAGGAAUUUUUAAGAUACAUUCUGCUUUGCUGUGAGCCAUCUAUAUAAAACUGUAAGUUUAUGAAUAUUUGAAAAGUUGUAGUAAAUCAGAUCAAGUAAUUUUCGAGUUCAGUUGCCAGUUUGCAUAAUGCCAUGCAUUUAUUACAGAAAAUCCACAAGGAUGAGGACAAUGAUAUAUACCUCUCAGCAAACACUCUGCUCCCCAGAGUAAUUAUAGAAGAAAGAAAAUAUCCUACCUUUUACUCCACUCAACAAUGGAUAGCCAUUUUUAGAAGAUCAUAUGGAUUCUUACUUGAGCUUUUAAAAUGACAAAAGCCAUCAAUUUUACUCACAACAGGCUUAGAAAGUUCAAACUAAAUCAAACAGUAUGCCCAACUAUUGAACAUCUAUUUGUUCUAAGUAUUUUUUAAAAAACACGCUUAACUGACCUUGUGCUGAUCUUUCUGCCUAACAAGGGUACAUUGAAGAAUCUAAUAAAAGUAUAUGAAUAAAUUUUAGAAAGUUGUAAUUGUAAACAUAAUUAUGCUCCUGUUUGGUGAAAUGGUAAAUAUGUAACAUAAUCAACUGUUGUCUUGCUCAUUAUUUUUAGCUUACUAUGACAUAUUUCUGCCCUUGUACCUUUUUACAUUACUUGGAAGAUAGUACUUCUACCUUGUUCAUUUAAUGGACUUCAGUUGGAAUAUACUUUUGGUAUCACUAGUUUCAUUGUUUUCUAUAUUAAAUAUAGAAAUAUAGAAUUUUCUAUAUUCUAUAUUAUUAUAAAAUAAUA